GCAAGACGGGUCACGGUGAGGUGGUGAGAGUCGUCUUCCACCCAGAGAAGAUCAGCUUCUCCAACCUGCUCAAAGUGUUCUGGGAAAGCCACAACCCAACUCAAGGGAUGAGACAGGGGAACGACGUAGGGACGGAAGUACCGCUCAGCAUCUACGUGGAAACAAAGCAGCACCUCGAGGAAGCGUUGGCCUCCAAAGAUCAAUACCAGAAGGUACUAACAGAGGAAGGUUUUGGUGAAAUAACGACAGAAAUAGCCGAGGAAAAACCAUUCUACUACGCAGAGGAUUACCACCAGCAGUACCUGAGCAAAAACCCAGAUGGAUACUGUGGGCUGGGCGGGACUGGAGUCUCCUGUCCAAUAGGAAUCAAGAGCAAGGUCUAGAUAGCCAAUCGCAGCCAUGAACCAUCUCCUUCAGUAAGACUGCAACCAGGAAAUGAUCUUCAGUUUUCUUUUUACAGAAUCAAAUACGCAAUGAGUUUUAAACAUAUACACAUUUAAUUUUUACAAGCAUUAAGAAACAUUAAGUCCAACAUGUAUAAUGUAUAAGACCAUACGAACCCUAUGCUUCAUCUUUCUGGGAAUAAGCAGUGAUUUUCUGAAGCUGUAUCUCAGUUUGCUGAAAGAAUAACUGUCUUUGCAAUGCAGAUUUCUGCCUGAUGUAACCUAGCGACAUACACUGCAGUGGAGACGCUGAUUAAGGCUGUCAGUCUCCUCAGCUCGUUGCUAUGAGUAAAAUCCCAGUGCCUCAAGAUGAUGCAUAAAGCGUGCAUUAUAGCAUGGUUCCUUUGCAAAGGCUUUACACAAAAAUACACCUCAACGCAAUUCUGUGUAUUAGAUACAUGAUAGUGUUUGUAGUCUAAUGAAAUAAAGUUAAAGAAGUGGUGAACAUCUUACACAAUCUUCGCACUGAAUGCGUCGAUCAAACUAAUGUGUUUCAGAGUCCAAACAACUCGUUGCUUUCCUGCUCAGAUUGCUUUAUUAAUGAUGAUUAUUGUAUAUUGAACUUAAAACUAAUGCGGGUUACUUGUUAUAUAAAACAGAUUAAAAGCUUAUGAAAUCCGACAUGUUUCUUUUGUUUCCUGAGUGCUGUUCAAAUCUAUACACUGAAUGUAUUAUUUUGAUGGAAGGUGAGGAAAUAACGCAAUAAUUGAUCCUCAGGAAUAUCUUACAGAUCACUUAAUAUGGUAUGAAGUGACCUUUGACUGUUAUUUCAGAGAUAUUUUUGCUUCCUUUUUGCACAUUUCCCUUACUGAGUUUGCAGGAGAAAGUGAACAUUUCAUUAAAAACAUAUUCAGAUAUCA